AUGUCCGAAAUUGUAUAUAUCACUGUUGAACCAUCAAUCCGGGUAGACGGAGCCACUCCAACGCAACCCGACUGGAUCCAUCCACACUUAAUUGACAGUAUCGAUCCAGUCAAGGGUCGCCAAUUUCGGGUUUCGGAUCAUAUUCCCAAAGGAACAUGUCUUCUUGUCGACCGCCCUUACGCAAUUAUUCCGGUUGUUGAUGAACCAGCGGUCAAUGAGAAUCUUAUUUGCAGCAAUCCCGCUUGUAAUCGUCGGGUUCCACUCGAUUCUCAACGAUGCUCAUGCUCGAAUACUUGCAUAGCAGAUGUGGCAUGGUGCAGCUGUACCUGCCGAACCCUAGAUCAAUCUCGCCAUACCUUUGAAUGCACAUGGUUGAAAAAGUAUGCGAAUCCAAUUCGAUCCAAAUGGGGCGAAUAUGAAUUUGGAAUGCUGUGGUUGAUUGUUCGUCUACUUGCCACCCGGCAGGGCGAAGUUCAAAACCCAUCAGCUAUCAAUGAUGUUCGAUCUUCGCGGGGGAAACACGGCUGGGAUGGUAUAAACAUGCUUUGCGGAUCUUCUGAGACUUGGCCUCAUGACAAAGUUCGAUCUUGGUCCAAAUUGGUCAAGAAAUAUCUCCAGAGCAGCCAGACAUUGCCACACGGGCUAAGCACCGAGCGAAUUCUUCAUCUUAUAUGCCAAGAAGAGGCAAAUUCGUUUGGCCUUUAUCCAAGGGAAACUGGCGUUUUCCCUAUCCCAGUCCCCUUCGUUGACAGGGGAGAACAAUUUGCGGCUGCCGUAUAUCCCACCGCAGCAAUAGCCAACCACUCAUGUUUGCCAAACAUUAUCCACAAGGCCGAUGAUCAAGGCCGAAUGGUGUUUACUGCAUCUCGAGACAUUCUCAAAGACGAGGAAUGCUGCAUCUCGUACUUCGAUCUCACAAAAUAUACCGAAAUUACCAUACGCCGUCGACAUCUUAAUAGCGCCUUUCGGUUUACGUGCAAGUGUGAGCGAUGUGUUUCUGAGGAGACUAUUGAGGACUCAUCAUCUCAGAGCACGAUACCAAUGGAUGUCAUGGGGUUGUCAUGA